AACCGAAUGGCUUUAUUGGAUUUCCAGAUGCAGCUUUGAAGAGAUGGUGCCGUUUCGGUUUCGUUCCAACACAUGCCCAGUACACUAGCUUUUCGACGCUUCGCGUCGCCGGUCGGAGCCUCCCUCAACUCCCUCGCCAUAGCAACCUUGUGGGGACCUCCGACCGCCAUCAACCCUCUCGCCGUCAUCGUCCUCGCCGCCAUAAUCAUACUCAUUGCCAGCGGCCUCAUGAGAAACUCAGCUGCGGACGACCGAAACCCAUCCACGGCGAAGUGGGUCGACUACUCCCGUAUUAUUCGAUUCUCCAACCUCGACUAUGGCAACCCAGGGGAGAAUAUGAGUAUUGUGGCAUUUGGGUUCCUGGUUAUGACUUAUGAGCCUGAUGGAUUCCUAGCGUUUGGGUCCUCUUUCAAUCGAAUUACAAUAGAGCAAGUGAGCAACAACAGGAUAAUUUGAGGAACAAAGAAAGGAAUCGACGCUAAAGAGGAUCGGCGGGAUUAAUCUAUGGCGGUUUACUUGUAAUUGGAAUAAAUUGAAGGUGGAGUCUGGGUCUGAAAGUGCUUCUGCCGAAGAAGAGGGAUUGGAAGGAAAAACAGAGGUUGAUGGGUGCUCUGUUUUCUUUUCUUCAGGAAACGAGCUCUGCAGCUUUGGCACAGAGAAACUCGCUUCACUCAGUGGCUUCCUCUUUUUGGUGGGUUGUGGGAGUGAGGCAGUGAGAGGCUGAAUUGGAUUAGCGUUUGAUGAAAACAAGAAUCUAGUGAAUUUGAUUUGCCUUUUCCUUUUGGGUUUCUCUUCUCUGGCUAUAUAUACUGCGAAUUUCUUCCUCUUCCUCCUCCUGUUCAAGCUUUGAUGCAGAGACAGAGGAGAGAGAGACACGCACAGAGUGAGAGAGAGAGA